AUGAAAUCAGACGCUCUGACUGAACCGGCUUACACCUCCAACUUCCCUCCUGCUCAAGCCAACUCGUCCUCUUUUCCCUCAGGUCCUCUUCCCGAGGCCUCCCCCUCCUUCUCCUCCCUUCACGCCCCCGACACCUCAGACAGAUCCGACCCUCAGCCCUCCAUCCCUCCCACAGACUACCCCUGCCUCCACCCGUCUGCCCCCGCGCACCCUAACACCCCGUCCAUGCAACAGACAUCCUUCAUCUUCCCUACUCCCCCGCACUCCAACUCCUCCUCCCCAGAGUCACUCCUCUCCUCGUCUUCCUCCCCCUCCUCCAACAGCUACCACCCCGUCCCAGAGACGGUCAGCCCACACACGCCCGCCUCUUUUCAAGGCCCAUUAUCCACGUGUCGCUCAAAUCUAUCAAACCAAUUACCUGAUCAAUCUCUGCCGACACAGCCCAGCCAGCCCCUAGGUGAAACUAUCUCUGAUGGAAAUGCCCCACCCAUGGCUCAGACCUCCGCAACUUUAAUUCAUCCAAAUUUCCUGCAUGCAAAUCCAGACCCCGCCCCAUUUGCCCCUCAAACCUUCACCAAUCAGUACCAACUCCAGCCUCUCGCCCACUCCUUGCCCACUAACGGUGGCUCCACAUCGUUUGCUUUUCCCUCUGUUGCUCCACAAAUGCAAAGCUUCUCCCUUCCCAGUGUGUCUCCCAGACCUGCUGCUCUGCACCUCUCAAAUCUGAGCCACCAAGCCACCGUUCCCUCCUUAGCUGCUGCUUUCCCACACUCAUCCUUCGCCCAUUCAUCCCCCUCCCUCCCUCACCGCUCUUUCCAAACCCCGCCUUGCUUGGCUCUGUCCUCCUCGUUCCAGCAGUCUGUCAACUCUGCAGUCCCGCAUACUCAAAAUCUCCCAAACCCUUCCAUGUCCUCCUCCACGUGCUCGUUUGCUCCAGCAGAAAUGAGCGGCAUCCCCCAGUUCAGUCCAGCGCCGUCCUAUCGUCCAGAUAUGGUGCUGCACCACCCGGCUCUUCUUCCUCAGCUGGAUGCAUCGCUGCCCUCGGCCACUCCUCCUCCAGCGCUUUACUCUACCUUUCCAUCGUACCCUCUCCGGCUGCAUCAGGACCCUCACUCCUCCCUCUCCAUCCCCUUCAGGCAUCUGUACAGACAACACCAGCAUGGCCACCCCCACCCCUACUUGGAUGCAAGCACAAGAACAGUCUUUUAA